AUGGGCAAUCAGCUGGUUGCGCUAGCACCAUCGCAGAUCUUCCCCGUCGAGCACUAUCUAACGGGAACGUUCGAGUUUGAUCUGAAGUUCGAGAAAAGCAUGGGCAGCACGCGCUUCAUGAAGGUGGCCAAAGUGAAGGUAGACGAAGGGCCGGCCGUGGUGAAGGUGUUCGUGCGCCACGAUCCAUCGUUGCCGCUCGAGCAGCACCUGGAGCGGAUCGAGUACAUCCGAAAGCAUCUCGCAAACGCGGUUAACUGUUUACCAUUCCAAAAGGUUCUGACGAUGGAGAAAUCGUGUCUCAUCAUUCGGCAGUACGUGAAGCACAGCCUGUACGAUCGCGUGUCGACGCGCCCCUUUCUGACGCUGAUCGAGAAGAAGUGGAUCACGUUUCAAAUCCUGUGCGCCCUGCACCAGUGUCACAAGCAGAAGAUUUGCCACGGUGACAUCAAGCUCGAGAACAUCACCAUCACGUCGUGGAACUGGGUGCUGCUGUCGGACUUUGCCUCGUUCAAGCCCACCUACCUGCCGGAGGACAAUCCGGCCGACUACAGCUACUUCUUCGACACGAGCCGGCGGCGCACGUGCUACAUCGCACCGGAGCGCUUCGUGCGCUCGACGAGCGGCGAAUCGAUCCAGCCGAAGGAUGGGCCGCUCGUCGGCGACGGUCAGUACUACGCCGGCCAGCUGCAGCCCGAGAUGGACAUCUUUUCCGUCGGUUGUGCGCUGCUUGAGCUGUGGACCGAGGGGACGGCACCGUUCGAGUUCUCGCAGCUGCUCGCCUACCGGCGCGGUGACGUCGACCUGGUCAGCAAGCACCUGGACGGGAUCGAGUGCGAGCGGUUGCGCGAGCUGAUCCGCUCGAUGCUCAGUCUGGAUCCGCGCGAGCGCAAGUCGGCCGAGCUGUACCUCGACCAGGAGCGCGGCCGCCUGUUCCCCGAGUACUUCUACUCGUUUCUGCAGUCGUACCUACAGAUGUUCUCCACCGUGCCAGUCGUGCCGCCGGAUGAAAAGAUGGCCCGUCUGCACGGCGACAUUGGGCAGAUCAUAAAGAUACUGAUAGCGCGGAACGAGAGCGACCCCGAGGGCGAGGAGGACGAGCGUACCGCGUCGGGCGCUUCGUGCGAGCUAGACGACGACGGGCUGAUACUGAUCACCGGCGUCGUGACGGCAUGCAUUCGCGGGCUGAGCUUCUGCAAGUCGAAGCUGCUGGCGAUGGAAAUCCUGCAGGCGCUAGCGGAAAACACCACCUCCGAGACGAUACUCGAUCGCAUCCUGCCGUACAUACUGCACCUGGCGCAGGAUGCGGCACCCCGGGUGCGUGUGUGCGCCCUCAACACCCUCACGCACUGCCUGCGACUGGUGCGCCAUCUACCGCGCAGCGAUGCGAACGUUUUCCCCGAGUACAUCCUCCCCUCGAUUGCACCGCUCGCCGUCGACAGCAGCACCUUCGUGCGCAUCACGUACGCCCGGAACGUGGCGAUGCUGGCCGAGACGGCGGUCAGCUUUCUGGAGCAAUCGCAACAGAACUGCUCGUCGGAGAACCUCCCGGUGCCGCACUACGACGCGGAGCUGAGCGCGCUGCACGAGAUGCUGCACCAGACGGUGCUGUCGCUGCUCACCGACGCCCAGUCGGCCGUCAAGCAGACGCUCAUGGUGUCGGACAUCACGAAGCUGUGCGUGUUCUUCGGCCGGCAGAAGGCGAACGACGUCAUCCUCUCGCACAUGAUCACGUUUCUCAACGACAAGGACGACCGGAACCUGCGCGGUGCGUUCUUCGACAGCAUCGUCGGCGUGUCGUCGUACAUCGGGUGGCACUGCGCACCGAUGCUGCUGCCGCUGCUCCAGCAGGGUCUGACCGAUCCGGAGGAGUUCGUCAUCGCCAAGGCGAUCCACGCGACGACCCUGCUGAUCGAGCUCGGACUGAUCCAAAAGCAGGCCACGAUCGAGUUCAUCGGCGAGGCGGCGUGCUACCUGAGCCACCCGAACCUCUGGAUACGGCACGAGAUCGUCGAGCUGAUAGCGACGGCCGCCCGCAUUCUCACCUCGAUCGACGUCCAGUGCAAGGUGCGCCCCUGGAUCGCCUACCACCUUCGCCAGCCGCUGAUCGAAAUCACCUGCCCGGAGCUACUCCACGACAGUCUGCUCCCGCCGGUACCGCGCAGCAUCUACGAGACGGUGCUACGCUUCGGUCCCGACAUCGCACCACUGUUCGAGGUGUUGCGCGAGCGCAAGGAAGCACGUCUUCAGCGACGAGACCAGCCGCUGCCUUCCGAGAAGGAAAAGUCCGCGACCGUGCAGCAACUGUUCCGGCGGCUGCAAACCGAACUGCUUACCGACGAGAUCGAGGAGCAGCUGCUCGCGAUGAGCGCCCACCUGGUGAAGCUGCACCGAUACCGGCAGGCGGAAACCCGGGCCGCCCAGCAACCGUCCGGUCGCAUCUCGCUCGACUACUUUCCCGACGUGAUGGACGAGGUGCCGCUCGUUGGUGGUGUUGGACGCCCGAGUACGAAAAGCGAAUCGGAUAGUGCACAGGACUGGCAACAUAUGCUGGGCGCGAUCGAUUCGCACUCGUCCUCGCCGGCUUCACCCGGCACCACCGUGGGCGAAAUGGCGCAACCCCUGGCGUCCGCAGCCACCGUCCCCCCGACCCUUCUGACGCCCGCCACCGUGCCCAGCCUCAGUCUGGUCGAGUACAGUCUACCCGAGCGUGCCACCGGCAACCAGGAGCGGCUGUCCGACUGUCGCCUCGAAAUGGACGCCCUCGUCACGAAGCUGCGCACCCGUUACGCCACCUUCCAGCGGCAACGGGAGCUGCGCGAAUCGAUUCACGCCUCGCCGGUGCUCGCGCCGAGCUGGCGUAUGAACGGGACGGCGGUGGCGCACCUGCAGGAACACAAGGCGGCCGUUAGCCGGCUGGCGGCGCUGAAACCGCAUGUCGGUGCGCUGUUCGCAAGCGCCUCCAUCGACGGUACCGUGCGGCUGUGGGACUGCAACAAACUGGACGGCCAGCAGUCGGUGAACAAGUCGCGCCAGUCGUACCACGCCAACACGCCGCUACAUGCGGUGGCCGCUUGUGAUGCCGGCCAGUCGCUGGCGGUCGCCGGCAAGGACGGCACACUGCUGCUGCUGAAGAUCGACACCAACUCGAGCAAGAUGGCGCUGCAGCAGGCGCGCCACCUCGAGACGGACGGCGCCUGGGAUGGCGCCCCCUGCCAGCCCGCGGACGACGGCCCCGUGGUGGAGAUGCACCCGCUCGACCAAGGCGCCCAGAGCGUGAUCGUGUACGCGACGCUGUACGGUGCGCUCGUCGGCUGGGACAUCCGCAUGCCCGACUGCGCCUGGCGCCUGCAGAGCGACCUGCGCAGCGGCGUCAUCACCACGUUCUGCAUCGAUCCGACCAGCUCGUGGCUCACGGUCGGCACCAGCAGCGGCCGGCACAUCUGCUGGGAUCUGCGCUUCCAGCUGCCGAUCGCCGAGAUCAAGCACCCGCACGACGCCCGCAUCCGGCGCGUCACGCACCACCCGACCGAAUCGUCCUGGCUCGUGUCCGCCUCGCAGGGCAACAACGAGGUGUACGUGUGGAACAUCGAAACCGGCCACCGGCAGCAGGCGUACUGGGCCAGCUCCAGCCCGCCCCUCUCCAACAGCAACGCCUCGUCGCACUCCGUCUGCGCCCUGCUGCCCGGCGUCGUCGACGGCAACCCGUUCCUGCUCACCGGCGGCACCGACCAGCGCCUGCGCUACUGGGACCCGGUGCACAUCGAAAACUGCGCCCUCAUCGUGCCUUCCGCCCGCGACUACACACCGAUCAACGUCAGCUACGAGUCGAGACUGAUAGACGGCACCAAGGUGAUCUCGGAGAUCCACUACAAUUCCGGCGGUGGACCGGAUCGGGUUUCAGGACGACCGGAGGGCGGCCUCGGUCGGGUGGAUGACGAGUACCGGGUGGGCCCGGAGAUGCCGAGCUACGGGCACAAUGGCGUCAUCAGCGAUCUGCUGAUGUGCCGCACCGCGUCCAAGCAAACGUUUGUCGUCUCGAGCAGCCGGGACGGAGUGAUCAAACUGUGGAAGUGAGUGCUCUCCAUAGCAAGUACAGGAAAUUUACACCCCUUCAGGAGGAUAGAUCAAGCUACUCUCGUCAUCAAAUUUCCUAUCACAAUCAAAACCUCAUCGAAGAAAGGAACGCUAUUGCCGUAGAUGUCAAACCUUCGCAUCAAAGUUGUGUCCUAGACCAUCAACCAUUUUGCUUUCCAUUUGAAUUUAGUUAAUUUCUCCGAACCAAAAUGUUUGAAGUUGUUUUCUUAUAUAUUUUAUAUUUUUAUACACAAAUAUUGAGUUCAAUAUACACAUGUUUAGCAUAAUUUAACCCUGUACCGGGUUGUAAACAGAAGAGACCUUAGAAACGAACUGUCUAUCAGGUAACUAAAAGCGUACUUUAUAAGCGUGUCGUUUACCCUUUAUUGGAAAAUAGUUAGGUUUAAUUUUUUUCUCAACUCCACUAGAAAAAACGUACAUGUUUUCAACCAAGUGCGUAAAGCAAACCCAACCCAAACACUCGAACUCGCCCCGUGGUUGUAUUUGCUUUACCCAAUCGUGCUGUAAAGGAUGAACCUGAUUCAGAUACUGAAUUUUGCCCCAACAACCGUUUAGUACAUCUUUAGAUACUGUGUAUUGUUUACUCACCGUUUACGUUCUUAGCAGCUUAGAAGAGCAGUCCAAAGCAAAAAAUCCACUAAUCCAGAUGCGAUACAAGGAUAGGGAUGUUAUAUGUACUUUCUUUGCAGAAAAAUGUAUGCCCGCGGGGUUGAACUCAUUCCCAGGUAGAAGCAGUUUGAUGGCAGAAAGUAGGGCAAUCGCUACGAUAACCCCCGGAGUAGCUUCUGCAGCAGCCCCCCCAUUUAGAGUAUGCUUUGUGCGUUAUGUUGUGAUUUCGAAUGCAGACGAAACGUUUACUUCCUUCCUGCGCGCUGGAUGGAUAUCGAUGACUGUGAACAAAAAUCGAACGGAUUAAUAAAACCAAA